UUGAGGUUCCGUCCAAAGUGGCUUGUCAUUCGUUUAUUGGCACUCAAUGUAGGCCUUUCAAAAUGCAUGCCGAAUUUCUAAUUUGAAUUUUCAAUCCAUCUCCAUCCCCAUCCUAUCCUUCUUCUUCAAUUUUAUGGUUUAGGGUGGUGGUUCAGGUCUUGGAAAUUAGAGAAGGCAUGGCAUACAAAGUGGACCAUGAAUACGAUUAUCUCUUCAAGAUCGUACUCAUUGGUGACUCAGGUGUUGGUAAAUCCAACAUCCUCUCCAGGUUCACCCGCAACGAGUUCUGCUUGGAGUCCAAGUCCACCAUUGGGGUUGAAUUCGCUACCAGAACAUUGCAGGUGGAAGGGAAGACAGUGAAGGCACAAAUAUGGGACACAGCAGGACAAGAAAGGUACCGAGCGAUCACAAGUGCAUACUAUAGAGGUGCAGUUGGUGCAUUGUUGGUGUAUGACAUAACAAAGAGGCAAACAUUCGACAAUGUGCAGAGGUGGCUAAGGGAGCUGAGGGACCAUGCUGACUCCAACAUCGUUAUCAUGAUGGCCGGAAACAAGAACGACCUCAACCAUCUCAGGGCAGUCUCCUCUGAAGAUGCUCAGAACUUAGCUGAGCAGGAAGGCCUCGCCUUCCUCGAGACAUCCGCCCUCGAGGCCUUCAACGUCGACAAGGCCUUCCAGACCAUCUUGUUUGAUAUUUAUCACAUUAUCAGCAAGAAGGCCUUGGCUGCACAGCAAGCAGCUUCUUCUACCAUUCCUCAGGGCACUUCCAUUAAUGUUUCUGCUAACAUGCCCGCUAAUGCCCAAAACAAAUCAACGUGUUGCUCCAAUUAACAUUCAUUCCAAGCAUGCUUUCUUGCUUUUCUUCUUUUUCCUUUUUUUGUAACUGUAAAGAGUACUAAUGAGAGACAAUGAGGAAUAGUUGCAAUAGUAGUCUCUGUAACAAACACAGCUCAGAAUGAAUCGAUAUAUUGUU